CCUGCACUCCGGUCUGACUAGGAUUGCUGAUCAGUAGGAGUUACUACUGUUGGUGAACCAGCAGUAUACUUGCCAUCGCGAAUUGGUCCAUGGCCGUGGGUCUUUCGACCCAGGCAUCUAGAGCUCGCUCCAUUACAAUUAGUCAAAGGUCCCAAACGUCACAUUUAGGCUUUACCUUUCGCAAGCCAGGCAGCUGCGGCAUUGUCAGGAUUCCUAGCACUCGCCUUAAAGCAACCACAGCCGCUAUGAGCCUCGUAACCAAGACCUUCUUCCUUGAUAGUUUUGCGCAGCGGCAAUGGGAUGAUCCCAACUACGGCGGCACGCGCGUGUCGUACGACAAAGCGGCCUUCGUGCAACGAAUUCAAGAGGAAUUCGAUAAGGGUUCCCCCCUAGUCGACGGCUACGCUCCCUUCUGCAAGCACAUCUUCGUACCCAACUUCGUGGGAGCUCGGCUGGGUGCGCUGCGGGUUACUCCCGACAACGCCAGCAAACUGCGCAGCGGCUUCACCCGGCGCCGACCCGAGGAGCUUGCCGUACUGUCCAGGUGGUUCUCCGCUGCUGAUGUGGAGGUUCCCGAGGCCAAGUUUCUGGACAUCAUCCUCUACUCGCGCGAGCAGCUGCUGGCCGAGUAUGCAGCCAUGCCCGCAAAAGACAAAUCCGGAGCUGCUGCUGCUGCUGCGGGGGAGGGGCAGGAGGCGGAUGCGGUGCUGCCUGAUGCGCCCUGGGGUAUCAUCAGCGUGAAGGCGCAGGAUGAACCGUUCGAGACGCCCAUGCAGCCCAUCACCAUGAUGAGGAACGCGUUGGGGCGGGAAGAAGGCGGGAGCGGGGUGGCGCUGGUGAGGGAGAAGUAUGAGGCGGCGGUGGCGUAUUGGGAGGAGCAUGCGACGAUAGUGGAGGGCGCGAGGCCGAAUGGGGAG